CACCGGUAACUAGUUUAGCGUGUGACAUAGGUACUAGUCUGAUACAAGGAACUCUGGGUAGGAUAAAGCGAUCUAUUUUUACACUCCUCUUCGUAACAGCCAGCCAACUCAACGAUGGACGUGGUGAUUGUAUCUGCUGUUCGUACACCUAUAGGUUCCCUGAAUGGCGUAUUGUCCACUGUGCCUGCCCAUGAACUGGGCUCCGUGUGCAUUAAGGAGGCAUUGUCACGAGGUCAGGUGAAACCCGACCAUGUUUCUGAAGUCAUACUGGGGCAGGUCCUCACAGCAGGUCAAGGGCAGAAUCCUGCACGUCAAGCUAGUAUGAAGGCUGGCAUCCCUGCAUCAGUGCCAGCAUGUGUUGUGAACAUGCUGUGUGGGUCGGGCCUUCGGUCUGUAGUUCUUGCAUCCCAGGCAAUCAAGACAGGGGACGCCACUGUGGUAGUGGCAGGAGGACAGGAGAGCAUGAGCAAGUCCCCCCACUGUAUUCAUAUGAGAAAUGGCACAAAGUUUGGUGAUGCCUCAGUCACAGACACCCUGAUGAAGGAUGGCCUGAUAGAUGCUUUCAACAACUACCACAUGGGUAUUACAGCUGAGAACGUAGCUAAGCAGUGGGAGAUAUCACGUCAAGCUCAGGACAACUUCGCGCUGGAAUCCCAGUUGAAGUACGAAGCCGCCCAGAAGGCAGGAUACUUUGAUGCAGAGACUGUGACAGUUCCUGUGAAAACAAGGAAGGGUGUGGAGGAGGUGAAGACAGAUGAGUACCCUCGUGCAGGCUGUACACUGGAAGGUUUCACCAAACUACGACCAUGUUUUGUGAAAGAUGAAACUGGCACGGUAACUGCUGGAAAUGCUUCAGGCAUUAAUGAUGGAGCUGCAGCACUUGUCCUGAUGAGUGAUGCAGAGGCCAAGGCCAGACAUGCCCCUGUGCUGGCGAAGAUUGUGUCCUGGGCACAGGCUGGUGUGGACCCUGCAGUGAUGGGGACAGGACCAAUUCCGGCUACACGGAAAGCAUUGGAGAAGGCUGGCUGGAGCAUCGAAGACGUAGACUUGAUGGAGCUGAAUGAAGCAUUUGCUGCCCAGUCAGCUGCAGUCAUCAAAGAUCUCGGCUGUGAUCCAUCAAAGGUAAAUGUGAGUGGCGGAGCCAUUGCUCUAGGACAUCCCAUCGGAGCAUCUGGGGCACGGAUCCUGGUAACACUUCUCCAUAACCUGAAGCGCACAGGGGGGCGGCAGGGUGUGGCAGCACUCUGUGUAGGAGGGGGGAUGGGUAUCGCUUUGUGUGUGGAGAGAUCAUGAGAUCAAUAUAAACCUAUUUUUCACAGAUUGAGUGUACAUAUCAGUGAAUAAACAGUUUGUUUGGA